GCAGGACGGUCCCGCGCCCUCCGCUGUGGAGAGAAUGGCCGUGACUCUAGAGCAGGCCCAGCGAGUGGGCUAUAGCUGCCUGAAAGCACUCCUCAGGUUCGCUUUUAUGGUCGCCAAUAACCUGGUUGCUAUUCCAUCCUACGUCUUGUAUUUAAUUGUGCUGCAGCCUCUCCGAAUGUUGGAUAGUAAAAGCUUCUGGUAUAUCGAAGGAGUGUUAUUUAAGUGGCUUUUAGCUAUGGUGGCUUCCUGGGGCUGGUGGGCAGGAUAUACAGUAGUGGAAUGGGGUGAUGAUGUUAAAGCAGUAUCAGAAGAUGAAGCCAUGGUGCUGGUGAACCAUCAAGCAACGGGUGACGUCUGCACUCUGAUGAUGUGCCUUCAGGAUAAAGGCACGGUUGUCCGUCAGAUGAUGUGGCUGAUGGAUCAUAUUUUUAAGUAUACAAACUUUGGCAUUGUGUCUCUGAUCCAUGGAGACUUCUUUAUAAGACAGGGAAAAGCACACCGUGACCACCAGCUUGUGUUACUCAAGGAGCACCUAGAAAAAUAUUACAGGAGCCGCAAUCGGAAAUGGAUUGUUUUAUUUCCAGAGGGUGGCUUUCUUAGGAAAAGGAGAGAAACAAGCCAGGCAUAUGCCAAGAAAAACAAUUUGCCAUUUCUUAAACAUGUCACCCUGCCAAGACUUGGGGCAACACAAGUAAUUCUGAACACACUUGUAGCGCCGCAAGAAAAUGGAACUCCAGCAGGUGGAGACACUGUGAUAAAAGAGAGCAAAUCAAAAGGCCUCCAGUGGGUGAUAGAUACAACCAUUGCAUAUCCAAAAGGUGAACCUAUAGACAUACAAACUUGGAUUCUUGGCUACCGACAACCAACAGUUACACAUGUACAUUACAGGAUUUUUCCAGUUAAAGAUGUACCUGCAGAGCCUGAAGCUCUCACACACUGGCUGUAUCAACGGUUCAUUGAAAAGGAGGAUCUCCUGACCCACUUCUAUGAAACAGGAGCUUUUCCUCCACUGCAGGGUCAAACAAAAGCUAUUUCUCGGGACAUGACCCUCAGUAACCUGUGGCUAGUUGGCAUACAAUCACUUGCGUUUUUGUCAGGCGGUAUGUGGUACUGCAUCUUUCAGUAUUUUUAUCAUUGCUUAUUUUAAAAGUGGAAUGGGACCUGAGGACACAAUGGGAAUCCAGGCUCCUGCAAAUGAAUAUCAUGUUGUUUGCGCAAAUGUGAAUAUUCAAGAGUAAAGGAAGAUACUGGAUGGACUCUCACCUCUCUUUGGGGGAAUUUUAAACUCCACUAAAAGUGAAGAUCAGUAACAUAGUGACCUGAUGAUGUAUUAUUUUAAGAAUUGUCUGUAUUUUUAAAAAUGUAUACUCUCACCCACACUUAAACAAAUUCAGCAUUUGGACAAAAGGUGCAAUCGUACGACCACCGUAGAAGAAUGUCUGUGACAAGAAAGCUCUGUCACCACAAGUAUUUCUUGGCAUUGUAGUUAGAGCUCAAGAAAAUUCAUCAACUUGUCUCUUCAGUAGUCUGUACAGCAUCAGUGUGGUAGAGAUUCCUCGUUUGCACAAACUUGUACUUUGUUGCAACUCAUUGUGCUGGAGUCAAAGAUACUCAAUGGAGCUGGUGGCAGUAUCUUUGCAGCUACGCAGUCAGCAGUUGUUGUAUUAGACACAUUGAUCUAAAACCAAGACCCAAAUAAGAUCCAGCGUCAGGUGUGUUUUGUGAGGAAUUGGUCCUCAAAAAAGCAUUGCAGCAUCGUAGUGUGAUUAAAAGCUAUCCACAUUUGAUGAAUCAGCCCAUCCCUGCUGUGGUCUUACCAUCAGCUCUCCAAAUUCCAUGUGCUACUAGUAUCUUGUAUUAUGAGGAAACUUGGAAAAUAUAAAGUCAUUUGUUUUACUUUCCCUUUUUGUUCAGAAUGCAUCUCGAUGAUCAUUAUCAGUUUUCGAAAUGCACUUUUAAACAUGAAAAUACAGUGAAGGAAAGACAUAAGACUUAGGGAAUAGGGGAAAGCUUUAUUUGUCACGCCUUGGAAGCUGGAGCAAUUCUAGCUGUUUCUGAAGGUCUGCUGGUGCUGCUGCUGAUUUUUAGCCACCUUUGUAUUUUGUAUACUGCAGUCCAACCAAGGUGACCUUUGAGUGGUUUAUAGAGGCCUUUUUCUCCCUGCUAGUUGCAACAGCACUGAAUAUACUUUUGGGAGAUUUUAAAUAAUUCAAUGCCAACCAUCUUAAUGUUUUGCUAAGGAGUAAUAGAAGAAAAACUAGUUUCUUAAAAA